AAAGGAGCCGUGGAGCAGGGAAGGGACUGUGCCUGUGCACCUCGCCUCUAUAAGCGCUCCUCCCGAAGCCCACCACCCCACAACCCCCACCAUCUUCUCCGUCCCCUCCGCUUCUCCCCAUCGUCCCCAACGCCAAACCCUAACAGCCCACCACCCGCGACGAGGAGGCCGAGGGGGGCUUAAACCCUAAUCCCCGAAGCCGAAGAGCGGCGGCCAUGAGGACGCUGUGCCCCAAGGGCGGCAAGAUCCACCCGUCGCCCUCCGGCGCCGGCGGCUGGGGCGACGACCCCAUCGCCGCGGCGUUCCAUCUCCUCCCGGCCGCCAUCCUCUUCAUUGCCACCGCGCUCGGCCCGGAGGACCAGGAGGUGCUGGCGUACCUCGUGACCCGGCCCCUCCAGGGCGAGGGCGGCAAAGCCGCCGCCGGGGUGCUGCCUUCGGAGCAGCCGCCGCCAGCGCCGGCGCGCGGCGGCGCCCCCCGCCGCGCGCACCCGCCGACCCUCGGGUGCGGGUGCUUCCAGUGCUACGGCAGCUACUGGUCGCGGUGGGACUCCUCCCCCCACCGCGACCUCAUCCUCGACGCGCUACAGGCCUUCGAGGAGCAUCUCGCCGCCACCGAGUCGUCCGCCACCCCGCCCUCCUCCAAGCGCCGCGACAAGGGCAAGCGCAGCAGGCUUGUUACUACUCCCCCGCGUCCCCCUUCGCCGCAGCCGCCGAUGCUUAUACGCCCCAAGUCUCCGGAGCCCCAGGUGGAGCAAGUCCAGGAGCUCUCCGCCCCACUCCCGCCUUCUUGCCCACCCCCGCCACCCCCAGCUCCCGCGGCGUACAUCCCCGAAGAGAAGGACAAGGCACCAGAACCUUCCCCGGAGGCCGAGGCGGCGGAGGAGGCCGAGAAAGAGAGGAAGCGCGGGUGGGCGGACGUGAUGGGCGGGAUGCUUGGCCUGCGCCUGUGGGGGAUUUGGAGUCCGGCCGUGGAGAACGCCACCUAGAAGGAAGACAAGACCGAGGGGCAUUCCUGUAAUUGCCGGGUCUCUCUAGGGUUCUUUUGGGGAAACCAGUUAUAAGAAGCGCUAGUGGUUUCCUUCCUCCCCUGUGGAAAUGGAAACUUGCCAAGCGGUAGCUCCUGUCGUAUGAUCAGUGACGAUGGUAAUGGUGUUGGUGUUUGGUAUAUGCGACUGGAACAUCAACAACAGCAUCACCUUGUGUCUGGUGAGAAUUCAGGUCAUGUCUGCCAUGGAUGAAACCUCUGUGAAAAGCUCUGCUUGCCUUCAUCCGUGGAUAGGGAGGGAAGUUGCCUCCUUCUGCGAUGUAAUUAGACGGCUGUUCUCUCCUAUGAUCGAUCAUGUGGAUUUCUCUUCUCUCGGGUCAAUGCAGCGUUCGUUUCGGAUGGUUGCGUUGCGUUCCAUCGAUGGAUGAUCGGUGUUCUCUUGCCCGGAUCGCUCGUUGUUUAACUAGUUAUGAAUUUACAGAGGAGAAUGGGUCGGCCACUUGUCCCAAUUGCAGGCAUUGCUUCAAUGAUUCGUUCUGUUGAUCAGCCGGAUGGGUCCUGGUGCUGUUGAUUUGUAGUACUUGGAUUAUCCAAUAUUACUCUCUGCGGUCCUGGAGCUAUUUUUUUUUUCUGUACAUUGUUUCUGUGCCUUUCGAGGGUAGAUGGAGGGAGCUAUCGCCAUCAGGCUAUCGGCCAUUAUUUGGCCGCUAUACUAUUGUG